AUGGCCACAAUAAGCAUGCCCCUGUGUUUGUCCCUGCUGAUCAUCUGUGCCAAUUUCAUGCCUCAUUUGGCUGAUGCCACCAAAAAACUUGUUUUCAUUCUUGGUGAUUCAACAGUUGAUGUUGGAACUAAUAAUUAUAUUUCAAGCAAGUUACGAGCAAAUUUCCCCCACAACGGCGUUGAUUUCCCCAAGUGCCAAGCAACUGGGAGGUUCAGCAAUGGCUUCAACAGUGCUGAUGAACUCGCAAAACUUUUCCAGUUGAAGAUGAGCCCACCUCCAUUUCUGUAUCUUCUUACGCUUGGAUCUGGAUUGCAGAAGGAACUCUGCAAAGGCGUAAACUUUGCCUCUGGGGGUGCUGGACUCCUAGACAUAACAAAUAUUAACAAUACAGUGCCCUUAUCGGAACAGAUCAAUCAGUUCACUACAGUGCGCAAUAAUUUCACUGCCAUGAAAGGCGAAAAUGCGACUGAAGUAAUUCUCAAUAAGUCUUUGUUCUUCAUCAGUGUCGGGAGCAAUGACAUUUUUGGUUAUUUAAACAGAAGUGAUACGACACCUCCAGGCACCUUCAUCACCAUGAUGCUAUCAGCAUAUUCUCAACACAUCACUACGUUGUACCAACUUGGAGCAAGAAAAUUCGGAAUCAUAAGCGUUCCACCAAUAGGUUGCUGUCCAUUUUCAAGACUAAUCCAAUUGAACUUCACCAGCACCAACGGCUGCUUCCCUCCAAUGAACGAUAUUGCUCAGGCAUUCCACUUAGCCCUCGACGGCCUUUUACUCAACAUCAGCUCACAGCUUCCUGGAAUGAAAUACUCUCUUGGGAACUCAUUCAAUAUGACUCUUGAUGUCAUCAACGCGCCAAAAAAUUUCUCACUAUUCGGAACAGUGGAUAAAGCAUGCUGCGGGCAUGGAACUUUGAAUGCUGAAGGGCCUUGCAACAAAUCAGCAUCGCUUUGUCCAGACCGCGGAAGGUAUCUGUUCUGGGACAUGUUCCACCCAACUCAGGAAGCCUCGUACCUCGCUGCUCAAGAACUCUAUAACGGCUCAACUUAUGUGUCACCGAUCAGCUUUAGUCAGCUGGAACAGGACAACUAGCUAUAUAUAUACAUAUCUAGUAUAUGUUUAUAAUAAGUAGCAUUUCCAAA